GGGAAGUGCAAGUGCAGGGAUGCUUCCUCGCUGGGUGAGGUGAAGUGAGGAUGGGGGUGAGUGGGUGCGUGCGUGCGUGCGUGCGUGCGUGUGACGGACGGCGAGGGUGGGUUGUGAUGCGGAUAGGAAUCACAGUCAGAUAGCGACAGGGCUGGCUCGGGGAGUGUAUCAUCACCUUUAUCAUCAGCAUCCUCUUCCUCCAGGCGACCUCCCACCAACUGACCGGAACGACGUUCGUCAUCACCAAAACACGACCAGAAGUCAAUCUCAUAGAGUGAAGUGGAGACAUUCUGACAAAAUGGACAUGGAGCCGAGCGUUCAAGCCAACUCCUCCGACAGCUACCAGCUGAACCCCACCAGCGUCAUCGUAUCGGUGGUCUUUUCGCUCAUCUUCCUCCUGGGCACGGUGGGCAACAGCCUGGUGCUGGCCGUGCUCCUGCGGAGCGGCCAGGUGGGCUACAACACCACCAACCUGUUCAUCCUCAACCUGAGCGUGGCAGACUUCUUCUUCAUCAUCUUCUGCGUGCCCUUCCAAGCCACCAUCUACUCGCUGGAGGGCUGGGUCUUCGGCUCCUUCAUGUGCAAGGCCGUGCACUUCUUCAUCAACCUCACUAUGUACGCUAGCAGCUUCACGCUCGCCGCCGUUUCCGUGGACAGGUACUUGGCCAUUCGCUACCCGCUACGCUCCAGAGAGCUGAGAACGCCGUGCAACGCGGUGGUUGCCAUGGUGGUCAUCUGGGGCCUGUCCCUGGUGUUUGCGGGCCCUUACCUGAGUUACUAUGACCUGGUGGACUACGCCAACAGCACGGUGUGCAUACCCGGCUGGCAGGAGCGCGACCGCAAGAUGCUGGACACGUGUACUUUCCUGUUUGGUUACGUCAUCCCGGUGCUUAUCGUCAGCCUCUCGUACACGCGUACCAUCAAGUACCUGUGGACGGCCGUGGACCCCUUGGAUGGGAUGUCCGAGUCCAAACGGGCCAAGCGCAAAGUGACCAAAAUGAUCAUUAUCGUAACGGUGCUCUUCUGCAUCUGCUGGCUUCCCUACCAUGUCGUCAUCCUUUGCUACCUGUACGGAGACUUCCCCUUUAAUCAGGUGACCUACGCCUUCAGGCUGCUGUCUCACUGCAUGGCCUACGCCAACUCCUGCGUCAACCCCAUCGUUUACGCGCUGGUCUCCAAGCACUUCCGCAAGGGCUUCAAAAAGGUCUUCAGCUGCAUCCUCAGCAAGAACCGCCGCAACAAAGUGCACGUCGUGCACGUGGCCAACACCGUGCCGGGGUUCGAGGCGGCCACCACAGAGGUGUCGCAAAUGAACGAGGAGAACGCGCGGCAGAACGAGUGCGAGAUGACGAAUCGACGAGUCGUGGAGCCCAGGGAGGCCACGGUGACCCUGAACUCACCCUUUCAGCACCCCACCUGACCCGGCUACUAAAACAGGGGGACUUUUGUAUAUCUUGAAGAGCACAUUAAAACACACAGUGUGUUUUCAUCUCUAGCUGCGCCCCCGGAUUCCAUUUCAAGCUCAAUAUUUGCCUUACAUAGGAGACAUGUCAUAUAUGGGACGUAUACGUAAUGUAAGGGAUUCAUGCACAACCAUGCACAGCACACUCGGAGGAACCAUAGCAAAUCAAUGAAAUUAUUAUUAUUAUUAUUCCACUGUGUUUGAGAGCACCUCAUCGUGUGCUGCAGAAACCCCUUAAAGCAGUGCUUCUCAAAUAGCGGGGUGGGCUCCCCCGGGGCGACGUGACUGGCAGGGAAGACUUUCAAUAUCAGUGCAAGCCUGCCAUCAUUGUUGUACUAGCAUGCUUCACUGUACUCCAUUUUGUUGUAUGUUUGACUUCAGUCUUUACGGUACAGAUGAACAAAUAUAUAGGAUCACUUUUUCAAUAGGGUUUCAAAUCUGGGGAGCGGGUUCUGUCACGUCCCCAGGUGGGGGGGGACAGAAAAUAGAGAACCACUGCAUUAAAGGAAUAUUGUGGCACCUCCAACCCCUAAUGAUGGAAUUGACUGUUCAUUGUAUUAUUUUUGUACUUAAUACUUAUUUUUGGUGCCACUUUUUGUUUUAUUUUCUCAUUUUUAUUUUAUUUUAUUUCAUACACUGCACCUUUGACCUUUGACUUUAUUCUUUAUUUAUUAUUAUUUAUUCUAUAUUUCAAUUGGCGACUCCAAAUUGUCCAUGGGUAUUGAUGUGAGUAUGAAUGGUUGUUUGUCUAUAUGUGCCCUGUGAUUGGCUGGCGACCAGUCCAGGGUGUACCCCGCCUCUCGCCCGAAGACAGCUGGGAUAGGCUCCAGCACACCCUCAUGAGGAAAAAACGGUAGAAAAUGAAUGAAUGAAUAUUUAUUUUUUUUAA